GUAAAAUAGAAAAUUAGUAUGGUAUAAAGAAGGCUUGGGGCCUUUAAGGAAAAACUAAUCAAGAUAAUAGAUAAAAAUUGGAGGAAAUGUUGGAGAUGUUGAAGAGAUGUUGAUGAGAUGCUAAUGAGAUACUGAUGAGAUACUGGAAGCGUAUUGAUAAUAUCUUGGUAUUUUUGCUAUUAUUAAUCACCUUGGAUGGUUGAUGAACCUGUUAGCGAUUAAAACCAAAGGAAACCCUUAAAAGGAAAAGAGUAGUGGAAUAGAAUAAUCAGAGUGAUAAGUCGCUUUUAUAAAAGCAACAAAGCGAAGCAGCUAAAAAGCAAAACGAGUUUAUGGAAUAAAGCGAAGAAGGUGAAUAAAACAAAAACAAAUAAAGCAGUUUUCUUUGAAGGAUAUUUAUAAUAUCAAUAAAUUUCGCAGAAGCUUAAUGUAAUGUGUCUGAUAUCGAGUGUUGCACUUUCGCAUCAACACAAUCUGAACUGGAAUAAAAAUGAUUCUGAAUGCAGCUGGAAUCUUUUUUCUUUCUCUGCCUGUCCUUUGCGUGUGAUUCAGCCCUGCGCUCUUUCUCUUCUUUUGUUCUGCUUCUUCUACUUCUUCUUCUACUUCUUCUCCUCCUUCUCCUCCUUCUCCUUCUUCUCCUUCUUCUCCUUCUUCUUCUUCUUCUUCUUCUUCUUCUUCCUCUACUUCUGCUGCUUCUGCUUACGCUUCCUCUCUUUCUCUCUCCUCUCCCGCCAUCUCAGCGCUUUUCCUAAAAAAUCACCGCGUCGGCUCGCAGCUAUGCAGUGCCGUCCCGCUCCCGCUUCCGGUGCGCGUCGAUCCAGAAAUACGGUUCAAACGGCCAUAAGACGGCCAACAGAACGGCCGGUGAUUGGUCAGACGGAGCCAAUCCGCGCGCGCCCAUUCGUGGCUCUGCUGAAAUGACGUUACCACAACAAUGGAUCAAAACACAAUAUGCUUAUCAA